AUGAAACUUAUCUUAAUAUUUGUAUCAUUGAUCACCAUUACAUCAGCUGCCAUGACCUUCACUCUUGGGGCCCACGAAACUGCAUGUUUUGGAGUGUUUACUGAAAAACCUCGUACAGCAAUUAGUUAUUAUUUUGCCGUUCAAAGUGGUGGAUCAUUCGACAUUGAUUUCUCCAUUAAGAAUCCAAGAGGUGAAAUAGUUGAUUCGGAUACCAAACAAAGACAAGGAGAUUUUGUUUUCAAUGCUGACUUACCAGGGGAAUACAUGUUAUGUUUCAACAAUGGAAUGUCAACAUAUGCUGAUAAAGUAAUUGAUUUUGAAAUCAAGGCUGAAAAUGAAGAUGAAACCAAAGAAUUCAGAGCUAACAUGCCAGCUCAACCAAAUGCCAAACCUAUGGCUCAUGUUGAAAGUAUGGGUAAAACUGUCGAUAGAAUUGAUCAACAAUUAGAUGGUUUAUUAAGAACUAUUCAAUAUUAUAAAACAAGAAAUAACAGAAAUCAAGCUACCGUUAAAUCCACUGAAUCUAGAAUUUAUUACUUUUCAAUCUUUGAAGUAUUGUUAAUGGUUGGAAUGGCUGGUUUACAAAUCACUGUAGUACAAUUAUUCUUCAAAGGUUCAAGAAAGCAAUUAGUUUAA